UGACACUGGUUGCUUUGAACGUAUGUGUCAGUUACAGCCCACAUACAGUAGCAUCAGCUGCCCGCAGUCAUGUAUUUCUUCCUGUCCAUCAUAUCGCUGGUUGUGUCGACGUGUCUGGCCUCCGAACCAGUCACAGUGGUAAAAGGACUAAAUGGCAGCUGUCCGAUUGUCAAGUUCGCAGUCGAGGCCAUCAACGAACACUACAAGAAGCAAGGGGACAGCGCCACAAGAACUUUCUUAAAUAUUUCGUCAGCCUCUAGAACGGGUCAGAUUGGUGGAGAAUUCUUCCUAAAACUGGCCGUAAGCACACCUAAAAAAGUUGAGCUCUGCCAGGUUGACAUCAUGGCCCCUCCAGCUAGCCGGGAUCCAAACUUCAAACCAUUUGCGCUAACCAGGGGUCCAAUCUGCUCUGAAGGGACGGGAUUUCCAGUUGUGGUCAACAUCAACAACACCGAGGUCCAGAAAGCCCUGACCUUCGCUGAGUCCAAAUUGAACAACGAUUCAGAUUGUCCCGUCCUGUGGAAAGUUGUGUCCGUCGGUCAAGUCACUUCUCAGGUUGUGUCUGGUACUUUAUUCCAGUUCACUGACGUGGUUUGGUCCCCAACCAACUGCCCCAAGAAUACCACCCACUCGCUCAUUGGAUGUGUCCCUACUAAAGAUAUUACA